AUGAGUGAAUCAUCUUCGCAGGCAAAGGGUUCUUCCCCAACAACCAGCAAGCCAGAUCCACAGACAGAUCAGUUCCGGGAGGGUGGCUAUGGCUGGGUUUGUGUUGCUUGCACAUUCCUCAUGAAUGCCCACACAUGGGGCAUCAAUGGUUCAUACGGAGUUUUUCUUGCCUAUUACUUAUCCUCCGAUGUUUUCCCCGGUACCUCAGCUCUUGAAUACGCUUUUAUCGGAGGGCUCAGUAUGUCUUGUGCCAUGCUCAUAGCACCUCUGGCAACCUACCUCUGUCAACGGGUGUCUCAUCGCUUUGUGUUGAAUCUCGGCGCCAUCUUCGUUACAUUGUCUUUGAUCACCGCUUCAUUCGCGAAAACGAGCUGGCAGCUCUUCCUCUCACAGGGUGUGUGUUUCGGAUUCGGCAUGGGUCUGUGUUUUUGUGGAUCGGUGGGAAUUACUUCCUACUGGUUCAAGAAGCGGCGAAGUCUAGUAAACGGAAUCUCUGCCUCCGGAUCUGGGAUAGGCGGCUUGGUUUAUUCUCUCGCUGUGGGUAAAAUGAUCCCCCAAAUGGGGUUUCCAUGGGCGAUGCGCACACUGGGGAUUUUGUGUUUCGUCAUAAACCUGACUUGCGCUAAUCUGCUUCGGCUGCCCGCACACUCAUUCACUUCAUCCAAAGCUACGCCAUUCCGGGUUUCCGUCAUUUUGAGACUGGAAUAUCUCCUUUUUCUGGGUUGGGCGUUUCUGAGCGCUCUAGGUUAUGUUGUGCUGCUUUUUAGCAUGUCCAGCUUCUCAGUUGCGAUUGGUCUCACUCAACAGCAGGGCAGCUUAGCAAGCGCACUUCUCAAUCUAGGUCAAGCGAUUGGGCGCCCAGCUAUCGGUCUACUCAGUGACCAUUUUGGACGGUUCAAUGUCGCACUCGUCGCUUCGCUGUUGACAAGCGUCUUUUCUUUUGUGCUGUGGACUUUUGUCGACUCACUUGGCUUGACAUACUUCUUUUCGAUUGCCGUCGGAUUGGUUGCCGGGACACUCUUUGCAGUUGCUGCACCGCUUGCCGCAGAAGUCGUGGGGCUACAGGAUAUAGGCACUGGACUCGCUAUCUUGUGGCUUGCGCUUUGCCCGCCAACGACAGUGGCAGAGGCCAUUGCGCUGCAACUCAGAGACCCUUCAACGGAAUCGAAGCCUUUUCUGAGGGUGCAGCUCUUUACUGGAUCAAUGUAUCUGGGCUCUGCCAUCUGCCUCGCAUUGUUGAUACUCGAACGACGGAGAAGGCGAGGACUUUCAUCGAUUUAA